AUGGCCAAGCCUGAGACUGUAGUCAACCAUUCUACCAUGCGUCGCAGACCCACAGCCAAGGCCACCUCCGUUGAUGGCCUCUUCAUUUCUCCUGAGUCCACCGACAGCUCUGGCGAAGACUUGAUAAAGGAUUCCGGUUCCGACGACUCCAUCGACACCAUGGACAGCGCCACAGCCUAUUCACAACCACCCCAAAAACAUGAGACUGAAACCUCCAUCCUUGAAUUCGCUUACCGUCCUUCUAUCCCGGCUCACCGCAGAGUCAAGGAAAGUCCUCUCAGUUCCGACAGCAUUUUCCGUCAGAGUCACGCGGGCCUCUUCAACCUCUGUAUUGUAGUCCUUGUUGCAGUAAACAGCAGACUCAUCAUCGAGAAUUUAAUGAAGUUCAAAGUCAUUGAGAGACUGGCCCCUCUUCAUGUGUUGGUAAUGCCGUUGAUGGAUUCUCCUGAGAAUAAACUAUGCUCUGUUCUUUCUCUUGUGGUAUUUCCUUUUACUGCCUUUAUAGUGGAGAAGUUGGCACAACGAAGGUGUAUACCUGAACCAGUAAGUGAUCAGGCCAUGUGUGAUUCUGCUUUUAUAUCCGGUGUCGCGCUAAUGCUAUUUUCUUGCGUUGUGUGGUUAAAAUUGGUGUCCUAUGCACAUACAAACUAUGAUAUGAGAGAACUUACCAAAUCAAUUGAAAAGGGAGAAGCACUGCCCAAUAAUGUGAAUAUGGACUAUCCUUACAGUGUGAGCUUCAAGAGCUUGGCAUACUUCAUGGUUGCUCCUACAUUAUGUUACCAGCAAAGCUAUCCUCGCACUCCUUAUAUUCGAAAGGGUUGGGUGUUUCGUCAACUUGUGAAGCUGAUAGUAUUUACAGGAGUUAUGGGAUUUAUUAUAGAACAAUACAUUAAUCCUAUUGUACAAAAUUCACAGCAUCCUUUCAAGGGAAACCUUCUUUAUGCCAUCGAGAGAGUUCUGAAGCUUUCUGUUCCAAAUCUAUAUGUGUGGCUCUGCAUGUUCUAUUGCUUUUUUCACCUUUGGUUAAAUAUACUGGCAGAGCUUCUUCGAUUUGGUGAUCGCGAAUUCUACAAGGACUGGUGGAAUGCCAAAACUGUUGAAGAUUAUUGGAGAAUGUGGAAUAUGCCUGUUCACAAAUGGAUGAUCCGCCACCUAUAUUUUCCGUGUUUAAGGCAGGGUAUACCAAAGGCAGUGGCUCUUUUAAUUGCGUUCCUGGUUUCUGCUUUAUUCCAUGAGCUGUGCAUUGCUGUUCCUUGCCACAUAUUCAAACUAUGGGCUUUUGGUGGAAUUAUGUUUCAGGUUCCUUUGGUCUUGAUCACUCAUUACCUGCAAAAUAAAUUCAGAAACUCAAUGGUUGGAAAUAUGAUUUUUUGGUUCAUUUUCAGUAUCCUAGGACAACCUAUGUGCGUACUGCUCUACUAUCAUGACUUGAUGAGUAGAAAAAACAAACAUGACCAGAGCUAG